UGAAAAUCGUACAGUAUAUGCGUAAGUUAAAAUGAAAUUGAGGAUAUAAUAAGCACAGAGUCUGCUCCACUGUGGAUAGUCACGUGAUCUUACAUGAUUGUUUCAGUGGCAGAAGUUUCAUCAUGUUCAUGUUCCUUCAGAUGGAGGGUAAGACGGGGCCGACCCGGAGGCCGAUGCGGGUGCUGGUGACGGGCGGCAGCGGCCUGGUGGGCAAAGCCAUCGAGUUUGUGGUGCGGGAGGAAAAAUACGAGUCAAAGGGAGAAACAUGGAUUUUCCUCAGCUCUAAAGACGCAGACCUGACUAACGCAGUUGAGACGAGAGAAAUCUUCAAGAAGCAUCAGCCCACACACGUGAUCCACCUCGCAGCUAUGGUGGGGGGGCUCUUUAUGCACUUGAGAAAGAACCUAGAUUUCUGGAGGAAGAAUCUGGCCAUCAACGAUAAUGUGCUGCAAACGGCCCACGAGUCUGAUGUAGUAAAAGUUGUCUCCUGCCUGUCCACAUGCAUUUUUCCAGAUGUAACGCCCUACCCCAUUGAUGAGACCAUGAUUCAUAACGGUCCUCCUCAUGACUCAAACUCUGGUUAUGCCUACGCCAAGAGGAUGGUCGACGUUCACAACAGGGCUUGUUUUCAGCAGCACGGACGGCGAUACACAGCUGUCAUUCCCACAAACAUUUUUGGGCCCUACGACAACUUUAACAUCGAGGACGCUCACGUUUUACCUGCACUCAUCCACAAGACCUACAAGGCAAAACGGGAUGGGACCUCUCUGGAGGUUUGGGGCUCUGGCAAAGGACUCCGGCAGUUCAUUUUCUCUGUCGACUUGGCUCGUCUUAUCAUCUGGGUGUUAAGAGAAUAUGACGAGAUAGAGCCAAUCAUUCUUUCAGUUGGAGAAGAGGAUGAGAUGACCAUUAAAGAUGUAGUGGACGAGAUUGUAAAAGCUUUUAAUUUCACAGGACCUGUGAAUUAUGACACAAACAAAAGUGAUGGACAGCUGAAGAAAACCGCGAGUAAUGCUAAGCUGAGAAGUUACCUUCCAAAUUUUACCUUCACCCCAUUCCAUACAGCUGUGAAGGAGACAUGUGAUUGGUUUGCUGCUAAUUACGACACCGCUCGCAAAUGAAGGCACCGCUGAGAGACACUCGUCUCCUUUUCCUCUGGUGUUACACCUUCUGUGAACUCUCUUCUGUUCCGGUCUUUUUGUUUAAGAAUAAGGACAACUAUGGUUCCUUCCAAUCUCAGGUUAUUUGUUUUUUUGAUAUGUUUAGAAUGCUACGGAACCCCUAAAAGGACACUUUGGAGGAAAAAAAAAUCCACCUUGGCAACAAAAAAAAAAAGCCAGGCAAAAAAAAUUAUAAAAAAUGCGAGGCAAAAGAAAAAUGCUAGGCAAAAAAAAUUUAAAAUGCGAGGCAAAAAAAAUAAAAAAUGCGAGGCAAAAAAAAAAAAAAAAACGGGAUAUGAGACACGAGGGGAAAAAAUCUGGAGAGGAAAAGGAAACCGAGACCGAGAUGCAUGUUUAACAUCAGCCGAGUAUUAUCUUUCCCCGUAUGCGUCUUCUUCUUCUUUUAAAAUUUUUUUAGUGAUUGGCAGCCAGUCUUUAGGCGCAUUACUGACUUGGUUGGACUUGUUGGAUUGGAUCGAUAUUACAUGAUCAAGGAUCAAGCCUUUAGAAGCAUUGCUGCCACCUGCUGCAAACUUUUUGCGAGAUCUCGCAAACGUUCUGCGAUAUGCACAAUCUUAAUUUUUUUGCCUUGCAUUUUUUUUUUUUUUUUUUUUUUGUCAAGGUGAAAUUUUUUUCCCUCCAAAGUUUAUUUUUUUUCCACACAUGUCCCUUUAGGGGGCUCCGUAGAAUGCUGUGCUGUUUUUUUUUUUUAUCUGAUGACAAUCACUUAAAAAAAAUCAUUUAAAAAAUAAAAUUAUACUUUGAUCUAAA